AUGACAGAUAGUAAUAGUUUUAAAGAUAUUGACUUUCUUAGUGGUGAUCAAGAUCUUGAUAAUUGGGAGAGUUCUCAACUUACUCAAUUAUCACCUCGUUCAAUAGAGAGACAGAAUGCAAAGGAAAAUGUUAAGAUUGCUAGUGUUCAUAUCGUAGUAGACAAUGAAAAUAAUAAUAAUAAUAACAAUCAUAAUGAUGAUACCAAUCUUGAUAAAGAUAUAGAUAUGGAUAAAAAUAAUAAUAAUAAUGAUAACAUGAAUCAUCAGCAGCAACAACAACAACAACAACAACUAGUUAGAGAUAAAAGAUUAGUAAUAUUCGAUCAAUUAGAUAAAGCUCAAAAUAUGUCAACCAAUAAACAUUUAAAUAAUAUUAAUAAUGUUAAUAACAAUAACAAUAACAAUAAUAAUAAUAAUAAUAAUAACAAUGAGAAUGCUAGCAACAAUAAUAACAACAACAACAAUGGUACAAGUUUGUCAUUGCCAUCGUCACAACAACAACAACAACAACAAAACAAUGUUGGUAAACAGUCCAAUAAAUUAUCACAGACAUUCAAUAAAUCGGUUGGAUUCUCUACCAAGUGUUCUAUUUGUAAUAUAUCGUUUGGUUCUCUGACCUACGAGGAAAGAGAUCGUCACGUUGCCAAGUGUAUGGAUAAGUUGAGAGGGUCGCAACCAAUCGUUUGUUACAUCUGCUCGAAAGAUAUAACGAAAUACAGUGCUGCCAGAGUCGAGGAUCACAUCGACCGGUGUACACGUAACAAGAACAACGAGAACUCGUCUCAUCUCGCCAAGAACAGACGUCGUGACAAUCAACCGUCGGAGGAGCAACAGAAGCAGAUGGACAGCGGUGACAUUUGUUUCAUAUGCUAUCAGAACAUAUCAAAGACUGUGAGUGGACGUAUCUCACAUAUUAAAUCUUGUGCUAAAGAACGUAACAUUUCAUCUCGUGAACUUAAUGAACUCUAUGAACUCAACUCUCGUCGAACAUCGUCAUCAUCCUCAUCCACCACAACUACAACAACAAUGACAACAACUACUACCAUGACAACAACAGACAACAAGAAUGAUAAGGAUAAAGACAAUAACAAAGCGAUUGUAUCUUAUAAUCUUACACCACCGAAUUCACCACCAAAACAACAGCAACAACAACAAGCAAAUACAAAUAGUAAAGCAAGAAAUAGACAUGUAUCAACGGUUACAUCUACACCAACGGGUGGAGUUAAAUCUACAUUCUUUCUUGAUGGUAAUAAUGAUGGUAAUGGUAAAAAGAGUAACGGUAAUAUAAAUAGUAAGAGUAAGAAGAGUGCACAACAAAAACAACAGGCUACAACAGGUCAACAAAAACAACAAACGACAACAACAAAUAAACAACAACAAAAACAACAACAACAAACAAAGAAAAAGUCAAAUAAAAAGACAGUGGAAACACCUCCAACUUCAGAUGAUGACGAUUAUUAUGAGGAUAACAAUAAUAAUAAUAAUGGUGAUGUUGGCAACGAUGAAGAUGAAGACAUGCAGUUGGCAUUGGUAUUGUCAGAGUCACUCGAACAAUCAAAGAAAGAUAGUUAUGGUUCAAAUUCAACAUCACAAUCUACACCCUAUGAUUUAGCUGGUUUCAAAUGUAAACAAUCUCCUCUCAAAAGUGCUAAUAUUGUUAAGAUGUUAUUCCCUACAACUACAACUACAACAUCUGCAGCCGCAUCAACAACUACUACAACAACUACGACAUCAACUAAUUCACCACCACCACCACCACCAACAUCGUUCAUUAGCUUUGAUGAUGAGAAUAACAAUAAGAAUGAUUAUGUUAAUAAUGGAAAUGAUACGAUGGAUUUGAGUGUAAUCGAUCAAUCAAAGUUGUUUAAAAGUAGAUUGGCAAAGAGACAUACACCGUCGAAAGGAUCGAUUUGGGAUAUCAAUAAGUUUAGAGAUCAAACAACGAAGGAGUUGUACGAUAGUCAGAGCGAGGAUCGAAAGUUAAAGGAGAUGGAGGAGCAAAAGGCAAUCGAAAAGAAAAUAGAAGCUGAUCAUCAGAGAACCUUGGAGAUCAACAAGCAACUGGAGUUGGCAAGACAGAGUGAAUUGGAACGUGAACAGCUUGAGCGAGACAAGUUAUUACAUAAACAACAGCAAAUACAAUUGCAACAGGAGAAAGAGCAAUUGGAACAACAGAGAGUCGCUUUAGAGUUACAAAAACAAGAACAAUUACAACAAAGAAUACAACAAGAAUUACAGAAACAACAACAGCAACAACAACAACAACAAUUGCAACAACAAGCACAACAACAACAACAACAAUUACAAGCACAAACAACAACAACAACAACUCAUAAUUUAAUUAAUGAUAAUAGUAAUUUAUCGACAAUAUCAUCAUUAUCAUCAUCAACAACAUCAACAUCUUCAUUAGAUUCCAAUGUAUAUUCAAGUAUCAAUAGACCACAACCUAUAUUAAAUUCACCAGUGAUUGCAACUAAUCAUGAUUUAAAUUCUAUUGAUUCACAAAAACAACAACAACAACAACAGCAACAAGUUUAUCAAAUACCAUCACACAAUCAACAACAACAACAACAGCAACAAAGUAAUAGUAAUCCAUUGUUAGUCAAUACAAUCAAGUCUAUCAAUGAUAUAUUUCACAAUGUAUGUUCAGCGGCAAAAGAAGAGUUUGACAAAGGUCUCAAAGAGUUGGAAGAUAAGUAUUAUGUGAAAGUAGGACGUGCAUCAAUUACCAGAGAGUUGGAGAUUGACAAAGCCAAGCAAUUGUAUAGAGGCACUUCACCUUCUCCUUCAACCUCACAUGUUAACAUUACAGCUACCUCUGAUUCUCAUGUCAAUAACAGUAUCAGUAGUAGUAAUAAUAGUAUUAACACAACUAUCAGUGCUGACAGUAACAACAACAUCAUCAUCAACAACAACAACAACAACAGUAGUAAUAAUAAUAAUAGUAAUAAUAGUAAAAAUAGUACAAGCAGCAAUAUUUCCAAUUUACUUCCUAGUUCAUCAAAGGUAGAUGCAUUGCCCAGACCCUUAUCACCUAUUCUGACACCAUUAACAGCACCUCUUAAUAUAAAUUUCGAUAUUGAAGAUAAUAUAAAUCGAACACCAUCAUCAACUUCAGCAUUUACAUCGCCAAAUAAUAGAUACCAACAAACACCUUUAAAUAGUAAUAGCAACAAUAACAAUAAUAAUAGUUUUGGUAGAGGAGGAUAUCCUCAUACUCCUAUGAAUGGUGGUGGUAGUAGUUAUUUUCUAAGUGGCUUGCAUCAAAGUAAAAGUAGCAAUAAACACAAUGACGAUGAUGAUUAUGAGCUUGGUGGAGGUGAUAUACCUGAACCAGAACCAGAGCAAAUCAAAGAGAUUAAGAAUAAGAAUAGUAAUAGUAGUAAUAGUAAUAAUAAGACGUCUACAAUAACCACAACAAUAUCAACAGUGGCCAAUAAUUUAACUACACACACACCCAAAACCUAUAGUCAAGAUAAAAUGAUUACAUCACCAACUUCAACAGCAUUGGUUCCACAUAGAUUGGGUAUUAAAUCUCAUUCCCAGAGUAUUCAGCAGCAAUCAAAACUAAUAUCAAAGUUAUCAACUACAAAUUCAUCACAAUCUUCACAAUCAUCAUUAUCUCAAUCAGCACCAAAACCUACAACAACAUCAUCAUCGUCAUCAGGAUCAUCUUCACAAAAAGUAAAUAGCAAAUUUAAAAAGCCAGAUUAUGAAAGUAUGACAUUAGCAGAACUCAAACAAUUGGUGUCAGAGAUUGGAGUUAAAACAUCUGGCAAAGAUGCAAAUAGAUCAUUCUAUGUACAGAAGCUCAAUGAAGUCUGGGAGUUCAAUAAAUUAAAGCAACAACAACAACAAAAAUAG